CUGACGCUGGAACAAAGAUGGCGGCCCGCGGCGCUGGGGCCGUGCUGGGGCUGCUGCUGCUGCUGCUGCUCCGCGCGGGCCCGGCCCGCGCCCGCGUCCACCACCUCACCCUCAAAGAUGAUGUGAGGCAGAAAGUGCACCUGAAUACCUUUGGUUUCUUCAAGGAUGGUUUCAUGAGUGUGAAUGUCAGCAACCUUUCCCUGAAUCCAGAACCAGGCCCUGAUGAGAAGGACAGUUUAUUAGUGGGGUUCAGCUUGGACCGAACAAGGAAUGAUGGUUUCUCCACUUACCUGGAUGAAGAAGUGGAUUAUUGUAUCUUGAACAAGACUCCAGAGCCAGAUGUCUCUGUUGUAAUUUUACUUUUGGACAUCCAACAUGAAGUUGUGAAAGUACAGUUCUCUUCAAAAGCUGCUUCUUUGUUACCUAAAAUUGUAUUUGUAUCUGAGGAAAAUGGUACUGCCUUAAAUACCAAGCUGCUAAAAACUUCUGAACUGAGCAGUGAUUCUGAUAGAAGUCCUCAAAAGACCAGUGAAAAUACAGGUAAUGAAGAUAAGGAGUCCAAACGAAGUACAACAUCCUCCAAGGACAUGAUAGAACAACAACAUCCUGUACACCAUGUGCAAGGAAUUUUUUCAUUUCAGUUCUAUUUUAACAUCAGCUCGGACAAACAAGAAGGUCUCUACAGCCUGUAUUUCCAUAAGUGUGUUCGUGAGAAAGGGCCAGCUAAUGAUCAGCAGCUGUUUAGUCUUGAUAUAGAUGUUACGGAAAAGAAUCCUGAAAGCUACCUCUCAGCAGGUGAAAUCCCACUGCCAAAACUUUACAUUUCCAUGGCUCUCUUCUUUUUCCUGUCUGGGACUGUAUGGAUCCACAUACUUCGGAAACGCAGAAAUGAUGUCUUUAAGAUCCACUGGCUCAUGGCAGCCCUUCCUUUCACCAAAUCCUUGUCCUUGGUCUUCCACGCGAUCGACUAUCACUACAUCUCCUCUCAGGGAUUCCCCAUCGAGGGCUGGGCUGUUGUUUAUUACAUCACUCACCUACUGAAGGGAGCUCUUCUGUUCAUCACUAUUGCCCUCAUUGGCACAGGCUGGGCUUUCAUUAAACACAUCCUGUCAGAUAAAGACAAAAAAAUUUUCAUGAUUGUCAUCCCACUUCAGGUGCUGGCAAACGUGGCCUACAUUAUCAUAGAGUCAACAGAGGAGGGGACAACUGAGUAUGGACUGUGGAAAGAAAUCCUUUUCCUGGUGGACUUGCUGUGCUGUGGAGCCAUCCUGUUCCCAGUGGUAUGGUCAAUAAGACAUUUGCAAGAGGCUUCAGCAACAGAUGGGAAAGCUGCCAUUAACCUAGCAAAGCUGAAGCUCUUCAGACAUUACUAUGUCAUGAUUGUGUGUUACAUUUACUUCACACGGAUCAUUGCAAUUCUCAUAAAGAUUGCUGUUCCAUUCCAGUGGAAAUGGCUGUACCAGCUGCUGGAUGAAAUGGCCACACUGGUGUUCUUUGUCCUCACUGGGUACAAGUUCCGUCCAGCAUCAGACAACCCUUACCUACAGCUCUCUCAGGAUGAUGAGGAUGACUUGGAGAUGGAAGCUGUGGUGACGACUUCAGGAGUAAUGGAGGGCAUGAAGAAAGUCAAGAAAGUGGUGAAUGGUUCAGCAGAGCCUCAGGGCGAAUGGGAGAGCACAGCAUGAUGGACUGGACUAAGGCAGCACUUUCAGAGAAACUUUUUUAAUUUAUUAAUAUUACUCUCAGUGGAAAGGGAGCAACUUGCACUCCCCACCACUGAAACUGCAGAGUGGGGUGUGUCUAGGGAGAGCAAAGCAGUGCAGAAAUAUAACUAUUCCUUUGAUCAUAAGAAAAUGGGAUCUCCUGGUACCUGCAAGGAGCCUGAAGCUUUCCUAGGGAUUUUGGGUAGCUUUUUUUCCCCCUUUCUGGAUCGGUUCUUUAUUCUGAAUUGUUGUGUUCUUCAGAAUGUGUAAUACUAAUGUGAAGAGGGAUCUUCAGUGUGUAUGUAAAGAAUAUAUUUUAUAUAAUGCUCAUAUAUAUGCACACACACACACACUUGCUUUGUAACAUGAAUGCUGGGACUUGCAAAGCCUGUCAGAAGGUGGGAAAAGAAGAUAAAGACAUGUAAGUAUUUUUUUUUCUUUUUAUAAACUCUCCUUUUGGCUUGGAUGGAACAUUGCAAAACAAAUGGAUGGGAACAACUGCAGUUAUUUGAGAGACUGAAGGGUAUUGGAUCAGAUGACUUCUGCCACUGCUCAUGCAAGUGUGAAAGGUGAUAAGUAUCUUCUUGUCUUAUCCCUGCAGGUGUCCACCUGAAUGUGUCAGGUUUUCAGAUGUGUUGCUAUACAGGAAAUGAGUGACUGUUCUCCAUUAAAGCACUAAGCCCAUAGUGCAAUAAGUGUUUAUGUACAUUGUCCACUGUCCAUGGAGUUGCUCUUGACUCACCCCCACCUGACAAGAAGUACACAAGAGGUGUAAGACUCAUGGUUGCUUUUUAGGGGUCUGCCUAAAUGUUUACUUUCAAGCUGUGACCCAGAGCUUCAUAAAAUAUUUUCAAGGUAUUUCAAAAGUCACUCCUUUCUAGCACAGUGUAAACAGUAUCAGACUCUCCAGUGGAAAUCUGUCUAGCCAUUUUACUGCACCAUAAAUCUCUGGUUCACAGUUACCCUGAGUUACUGGGCCUCUCUGGAUGGCUACUUGCACCUCUCUGGCUGUGUAGGAUUAAUAACACUGCUGUUUUGGGUGAGCUGAACUGGUCAAAGUAGUAUUGCCACCAAAAACAGUAACUCCUAGUCCUAUUUUUUUUUUUUUUUUUUUGGCAGGAGAGGAAAAGAUUAUGACCAGAACCUUGAUGCAGAGGAAUAUGGAAUCCUUCACUGUUAGCUGCAGUCUUGCAGUGGAGUCUUUACAGACGCGUUCCAAAAUGCCUCAAGUGUUUUCUCUGUAGUCCCUGGGGUUGUCAGUGGGGCAGUUGGUGUCCAGAGCUGUACUAGUGAAAAUGGGUGCUCAUUUGGGAGAGGAUGGAAGUGGCUCCCUGGUGGAAUGAGGAUUAGCUUUAACAAAAAUAAAUCAGCUCUUAAGUCAUUGACCCACUGCAGCCUUGAUAUUCAUGCAGAGACAUUUUGCCAUGUGGUGCUGUGGAGCCAAGAGCUUCUGCCAGGGUGUCAGGAGAGGCAUCAGCAGAGCUCUGGAUGUGCCAGCAUUGCUUACAGACUCAUUCAGGAAUUGGUUUUGUGGAGGGACUGCAUUUCUGGGCACACCUGAUGAGAGGACUGUUAGCCUAAAGUUGAUUUUAUUCUUCAAGCUGAGGAGGAUUUCCUCCAGAAUCUUGAACCACUUCCUCACUCCUGAGCAGGGAUUGUGGAGCUCUUGGUGAGCUGUCUGUAGCAAGCCUUGCUCGUUGAGAAGCAGCAUCCCUUUCUUCCAUUGCCAAUUCUUUUCCCAGGUGUUGGUUCCAUGCACCAUGGAGGUGGUAGAAACAAAUCUACCUGCUUUGAUACCUGGAGCUGCUUUCUCUUCAGAUAAAGCACAAGAAGAAGAGCAUUUGUCUCUAGCUGCAGAAUCUUCCUCUGAUUUCCUCCUCAGCUGUAACUUCACAGUUAUCACAGCAGUGAUGGUUCCACUUUGCUGUCAUUGCAUUGCAGUGAGAGUUUUAGUGAGAAGAGAUCCUGUACCAAGCAAAGGCUGUUUGGUGACCUAUGGGCCUUUAGGCCUCCUGGAGGAAGAAAUCUACAUAUUUAGCCUGAAAUGUGAGAAAUUGGACCAUCAACAAACACAGGCAGUGCCAGCUCUUACAUGUAAAUGCAAUACCUGGAAAACUCAUCCUCUGCAGUUCCUCUGUCCCUUGUCCUGCAUCCAAAGGGCUGCUCAGACAGGCUGUAAAGCUUGUUCAGAGAAGCUCUGAAGACUUGAAGUGUGUUGGCACUGAGGUAUGUAAGGGAUGAGGAUGUGCUGUCAGGAACAAAGUGCAUCUGGACAAGGCCAUUCUAGAGCCUGUUAAUCCUUUUCUGAGCGAGAUGUGAAAUUGUCAGAGGUGUGCCAUUUCACCCAGAACCACGAGGGUUGUGCUGUGAUCCCAGGGAAUGCUGAGCUGCUUCCAGACAGCUGCCUGUUCCAUACCUCAGCAUCAGGGGAGCUGACAACUUGACAAGUGCUGUUACCUUAGUCUCAGGUUUCUUUUGGUUUUUUUUAAUAUGCACUUUUUUUACUAAAGUUGCAUAUGGUGUAGGUUUAUCUGCCAAGUCUCUGGCUCAGCAGUCAAAGGCCAGAAAAAUGGGUCAUUUCUUUUUGUCUUGGCAGGAAAGGCCACAGCAGUAUUAUGAAAUUUCAUUUUUUUACAAGAGCUUUUUCCAAGUUCAGCCCUGAGCUUCAGCAGUCAGCUCCACAACCACCUUCUGCUGGUGUUUUACACAGGAUGCCAAGCAGCAGGAAAUGGUCAGACCUGAGCAUUAGGAA